AUGUCGGCCGCUGCUGAGGUUCAGAGGACGGCGGCCGUGGACCUGGGCGCCCUGCUGGACGCGGGCGAGGGCGCGGUCGUGACGCUGGUGGCGGGAGAGACGCGGCUGGCGGCGCACCGCGCGGUCCUGGCCGCCAGGAGCCCCGUGUUCCGAGCCAUGUUCCAGCACGACACGCUGGAGGCCAGCUGCGGCGAGGUCAGAAUGGCGGACGUGGAGGGUCCGGUGAUGAGGCAGCUAUUGUCUUACGUGUACACCCUGCAGGCCCCCCAGCUGACCGGCACGGCCCCGGAGCUGUUGGCGGCUGCCGACAGAUACGGCCUGUCCGCCCUGAAGGCCGCCUGCGAACAGCAGGUGCUGGCGCAGCUGGAGGUGGAGACGGCGGCGGCUGCAGCUGUGCUGGCGGUGAGGCACUCGUGCCCCAGCCUAACUGCGGCCGCCAUCCACUUCAGAAGGUCUCAAACACACAAAGUAAUGGCGACGCAGGGCUGGGCAGAUGCUAUGCGUAGCUGCCCUGAGCAUCUGAUUGAAGUCAGUCGCCUGCUCGGUGAACCACCAGCAGAACCCAGGAGCCUCUCUCAAGAGGAGAGAGGGAGGAGGCUGAUAGAGGCGGCCAGGCAGGGCGCGGCGGAGCAGCUGCGCGAGUUGCUGGCGGCGGGGGCGGACGUGGAGGCGAGUGAGGAGGGGACGUGGGGGGGCAGCUGGACCGCCCUGCACUGGGCAGCAGACGGGGGUCACGUGGCGGCGGCCAGCUGCCUCGUCGGCGCCGGCGCGGAGGUCGACGCCAGGACCAGCAGGGGGCAGAGCACGCCCCUGCACUUGGCUGCAGAGAGUGGCCACGCUGGUGUGGUGCGGCUGCUGGUCGGCGCCUCUGCUGACCCCAACGCCAGGGAUCGGGUGGGGCGGACGCCGCUGCACAGGGCGGCAGAGGAGGGCCACGCAGAGGCGGCGGCUGAGGUCCUCCUGUCGGGGGCGGACAGGGGGGCCCGGGAUGACGAAGGCAGGACCCCCCUGGACCUCGCCAGGGAGAGGGGAAAGCAGCAGCUGGUGGAUAUGCUGACACAACGCUGA